UUCUUUUAUGUUAUGGUUAUCCUUUAUCAUUACUAUUGCCACGGUGUAGAACUUGAGUAUUGAAACGUGGAGAAAAUGUGUAGGCAGCCGGGUAGUCCAACUAAUUUGAUGCGAUCCUAGGAAAUAUUGAGGAAUGGAGAAUCCGUCCACAGUUUACCAUGAGAGACAGAGAAAGCAGCUUUGUGCCUUACAUGUUCUAAACAACCUGUUUCAAAAGAAAGACACUUUCACGCAAACUGAGCUUGAUGAUAUCUGUACAAGCUUGACACCUUCAAGGUUUAUGAACCCUCAUCGUAGUGUGCUAGGACUUGGUAACUAUGAUGUCAACGUAAUAACAGCUGCCUUACAAACCCGUGACCUAUGCCUUGUUUGGUUUGAUAGGAGAAAGAAUGUAGAGAAAAUAGAUUUUAGUAAAGUGAAAGGUGUGAUUCUCAACGUGCCCUCAGACUAUAAGAUUGGCUUUAUCAAGAUCCCAUUUGACUUCAAACACUGGUAUGUUAUUCGAGAGCUGGAAGGAUCUUUCUACAACCUUGACUCUAAAUUAGAUAAGCCAGAAAGACUAGGGGAUAGACAGACAGUUGUAGACUUCUUAAAACAAAGAUUGACGCUGGAUAAAACCCAGUUAUUACUGGUGGUUGAACCUGCAGUAGAAAAUAUGGGAUCAUGGUAUAUGGGAGAUACUGAACAGUAGAAAAUUCAGGGUCAUGGUAUAUUGGAGAUGUUGAAUGGUAGGAAAUAUGGAAUCAUGGUAUAUUAGAGAUGUUGAAUGCUGAUACAAUAAACCAGUUAUUACUAGUUGCAGAACCUGCAUUAAAAAAUAAGGGACCAUGAUAUAUGGGAAAUAUUGAACAGCAGAAAAUACAGGAAUAUGGUA